UUAGCCUUUAUGCCGGCCCUGUGCUGCCCUGCCGGCCUCGCUGGGCUGCGGGCUCGCGUGUCUCCCAACCCCGGCACUCCCAGCGCCGCGUUUUCCUCCUCCUCCUCGCUGCCCCGCAGCAGAUGAGAUGCGGUGUAAUUUGAAGCUGCCCGGCGUGACCCAAAAUGGAGAGGGCUGCAGUUCGUGCUGGGAUGGGUUUGGGUGCUGGGAGCUGCCGGCGGAUCUGCGUGGGAAGGGCUGAUUUGAGGCGUGCAGCAUUGCUGGGAGCGCAGCUCCGUGCCCGGCCCGUGUGUUCGCUCACAGGAGCUCUGCUCGCAUUCCGGGCUGUACCGCUGUGCCGUAUUCCAGCGGCAUGACAAAGCAAAUUACCAUGUGUGAAGGAGUGCUGGGAGGAGGAGGGCUUUUUGUCCACGUCCUCACGGGAAAAACGCCUCUUAAGAAGGAAACGGAGGUGUUUCUUUGACACAGCACCUCUGUGACGCGGGGAUGCUCGACGAGCCAAGGGGCAGCAGGCGUUGCUGUGCCAUGGAGGGAUGUCACGGCGAUGGGGGAAGCCAUGAGCUGCAGCACCGAGCUGCCACAGCACUGCCCUGGGCAUCCUCUGCUGCUGUUCUCCGUGCUCGUGGUCCCUUUGUGGCACAUUGCAGGAGGAUCCGGCUCAAGGCACAGAGCUCUGCUCGGCUCCUGGGGAUGCAGGAGUUGUGUCAGCUCCUCCAAGGUGCAGAAAUGCAGCUGCCUCGAGGAGCUUGCGGGCUGCUGGGGUCUGUCUGCAACCAGGUGGGGUGUGCAGGAGGUUCUGGGCUGUACUAAAGGGUUGUCUGCAGGCUGCUGGCUUGUGCCUCCUUACAGCCAGUUGUUCCUUCCCGCUCCGUGCUGAAAUACACUCUGCUCGUUCUGUGUGGGCAGUGAGAAGGCUUCUCUUGAUGUGCCAGGAGCAGGGACAGCUUGCUUGGUGUCAUUGGGAACACGGGGAGCACGUAGAGCUCAGUGCUGCCUGCUUGUUUGGCUGCAGCAGUUCCUAGCUAAACGUCAAAGGGAAGAACCCAGCUGCCAUUGCUGCCAUGAAAACUGACAUACUUGUGAAUUUCGGUGUGUUUUGUCCUCUGCAUGGUGAAGACUGGAGGCUUUGGCUGUUGUUGAAGGCCUGUUGUUCCCUGUAGCUGUGGGAUGGCAGCCUCAGGUGGGGGCACGCCUGCCGAGAAGGUUUUGUUGCUUCAUGGUGUUGUGCAAUAACUCAACUCACCCCGUUGAGGCUGGGCUCUACCUGUCCCAUUGCAGCAGCUCUGUGUUUCCUUACCAGCUUUGCUCCAGGCUGGGAUUGCUGUCCAGGGGAGGAGUGGCUGUGGAGCACCAGCAGAAGCCCUCCUGCUGACAUCCCUAUCUUUUCUCUUUGGUUUUGAUGUAGAAGAUGAUUGGAGGCAGACCAACCUGCUGCACCACAGGAUCCCUCUGCUCCGUGGAGUCAGCAGCUCAGCUCACCUGUUUUAGCUCACUCCAAGCACUGUGGCCCCUCUGCUUUCUGUGCUCUGGCAGAUCUUUGGCCCUUUCUUCCCAGCCCCGUUCCCAUGGGCUGCUUUAUUUCCUUCAGUGCUUACACCCCUCCUUCACAAGCAGCCUUCCUCUCUCUCCCACCCCUGAGCCAGGAUCUCCCUCUUUAGCUCCUCCCCUUUGCUGUUGAUACCCCUGGGCCUGAGCAUCCCUUAGCUCCCUCCAUCAUCUCCCACUCACCCAUCAGAUCUCAUCUUUUGCAACUCUGACACAAGGGAACCUCAAUAUUCCUCCCCCCACCCCCCGAUCUUUUGUCUAUAAUGAGACUCCUGUGAGCAUCUUUUGUGGAUCUGCAGGCUGCUGAAGUGCCAGUGAAGCUUAAAUUGCUUCCAGCUGUGCGGCUGCACCUUUAAUUGCUCUAAUUGCUGUUUGGCUUUGCAGUCUGCUGAUGGGAGCAGAGCUGCAGUGUGAUGCUGUGGGCUUGGAUGGAUGGAUGGAUGGACAGACAGACUGUGGCCGUGUGCUCUGGAAAAGAAGUGAAUCUGAAGCUGUUCCCUUGUCCUGGGAGAUGCUUCCAAGCCCAGUGUUUCUUGCUUGGGCACAUGGUUAAGCACAAAUGAAGUGUUCUCAUUUGUAAGCAUCUCGAGGACUCCAAUGAAGGGAUUAUUUCUUCACUGUGGGGAGGGUGGGUGCCUUUUUACUUCUCCUGUUAACUUUUGGCUCUGAGCUCUUUGAAAGGGCCCUUUUUUGUGUCUGGGAAUGGCUUAGGAGCAUAUCACACUGCGGGCAGAUCUCUGUGAUAACAUCAGUGGCUGUAAUCAGACCGAUGGAUCACCCAUCAGAGCUCAAAGGCUGCGUGGGGAUGCCCAUACCCCAUCCACCAGCUCCUCUCAGAAACCUUUUUUAUCCACUCUGCCUUCUGGCACGGAGGUAUUUUGGAAGCUCACGUACAGCCCAAAGCCCGGGCAGGAGGGCAGGGAGCAGAGCCGGGUCCUGGCAGAGGACUGAGGGUGGUGGGGGUUCUUAUCUCUGCUACCUGCUGGGGGCUUUGGACCCACAGCACUGGCUGGGUGAGCAGGGAGGAGCCCCUGUGCAGGGCUGUGCUCUGAGCAGAGGCUGAAUCCUGGAAGCAUUGCUCCCAGUGAGGAGCAGGGUGGGCUGUUCUCAGGGCUGUAAGCAGCAGAAUGGAUCCGGGACCCCUGGGAUGGGGCUGCAGCAGUUCUGCACUUGGAGCCAUCCUGACACUGCUUCAGCUAUAAACACUUCCAGAGCGUUUCAGAGCUCUGCUAUCAUUAUGUAACCCAAUACAGCCGGUAAUUGAGAGCCAUUACACCAAUUGCCUGCGUAAUUUCUCUCAAUUUUACCCCUGUUUCGACUUCCCCUUGCUUCUUGUGCUCGGAUGGGAUUGGCUUUGAACCUGGCACUGGGACAGGGAGCGAUGCUCUGCACCCCAUGUGCUGCACCCACCCGGGUUCCCUAUGGAGAGGCACCGGACCGGUUCCUCCGCGUGAGCAUGAGCAAUUCUGAGCUGGGUGAAGCCGUAUCACAUUCCAGAACGUGGCACUUCCCUGUGCUUUUGCUCCCUGCAGCACAGCUGGGGGCCGGCAGCACGCUGCCAGCAUUACAGCAGCUCGGGGCCACGAGUGGGAUGGGGCUGUGCUGUGCUAUCUCGCUGCUGUGCUCGGGUUGUUCAUCUCUCCUGCUGACACAGAUAGCAGAUUUGUCCUUGGGGAACGGUGUAUCCUGUGCUUCCAGCAACUCCUGCACGCCAAAAGCAUUUCCCUCUCCGACAAUAGUGCUGUUCUCAGUGCAGCUCUCCUGGCUGUGCUCCCGUCUGGUGCAGCAGCACCUCCCCGUGCUCAGCCCCAUCCCGCAGACCCCCCCCAGAGCCCCUUUCCACCUCCAUUCAGGAAGGAGCAAAACCCAAUGCCAGGAGCUGGAGCUGGGUGACCUGGCAGGGGAAAUCCGCUCGCUGGACUCCAGCAGGAAGCUCAGGCUGAGCAGGAGGAGCUCGAAGCUGUACUUGCAGGACAGAAGCUUUCAAGGGCAGGAAGCAGGCAGUGAGCAUUCCCCGGCAGCUCUGCCGUGCUGUGGGACUGGGGACUGCAGGAAGACCUGCGGGCUGAGGGGCAGUGAGGUGGAUGAGCAUCAUCCAGCUUCUUGUAGGGGUGUUAUAGGGUCGGUGUUUGCAGCCUGCAGCCCUCAGUCCCCUGUAUGUGACCCCCCCAGCACACAUGGGCUUGUUGGUGUCUGUGCAGCUUGCUGUCAUGCUGCAGGAGUGGGAGCCUUGCUGUCAUGCUGCAGGAGUGGGAGCCGUGCACGACACCUCCUGUUCCUCUGGGUGCAGCCAGGCGUUUGGAGGGGUGAGAACAGAUUUCCCCUGUCAUUAGAAGGACAAAAGCUGGGAAACAAAACCUUCCCCAUCCUGGAGGGCUGGAGGGAGAAGAACUUUUUCAAGUUUGGUUAAACAAAUGAACGUGUUUAUUACGGAGCUGGAGUGCUUGGCAGGGAUAGGGAAUCUGGAACGCUUAAGGCAAAAGCAAUUAAGUUUGGAUACAAGCAUUUCAGUGUAACUUCUCAUUCCCGUUGGUGUUUUCAAGCUGCCCUCAAAGCUGUUCCCUUAAGUGUUGUUGCUGCAGUGUAAAAGCAAUUGAUGCACAACUUAGUCAUACCUGAGAAUGAGUUUAUAAGCACGACAGAGCUUGGUUGGAGGAGGUGCAGGGAACCCAUGGAGCUACACGGUCCAAAAGCCCCAUAACCCCAACCGUUCUGAAGGGGAGGAUAUUGUCAGGUUGGAUAUUGGGGAAAAGUUAUUCUCUGAAAGAGCAGUGCUGCAGUGGCACUGCUGCACAGGAGUGAUGGGGCCAAUGCCCAUGGAGGUGUUCCAGAACUGCGGGCAGGGGGCACAGUGGGGUUGGACCUGGGGAUCUGAGAGGUCUUCUCCAACCUGAGUGAUUCUGCAGAGCUGGGGGGGUUUCUGCCAGCAUCAAAUCAGCUGGAUGUGGGAACCGUGGGCUCUGCACUGAGCUCUGCCUGGAUGUCCUGCUUUGUUCUGCUCCGUAGGGAUGGCAGGAGGGGUCCUCAGCAUCCUCACUGGUGUUGUUAGGCUUGGGAGCAGGGCCUGGCCAGGCACAACCUGCUGCCUUCCUCCCAGGGCUCCGUGGAGGGCAGUGCCCGCAGCAGCCCUGGCCAAGUGCCACUGCUCACAGAAUAAAUAAUGCAGCUUUUGUGCUGCUUCCUCACAAUUGACCAUUGCCUCUCCCUGUAAUGAGAUCUGCCCCCCUGGGGGGUAGUUUAGAGGUUAGUUAAUUAGGUGUAAUUGCAGCAUGAGAGAAGCCUGUUGUGGGGUUCUGCCUGCUUGCUGCAGUGCCAGAUCCUUUAACAAAUGGUGGAGUGAGUUCCUAUGAACGUUGUUGGGGCAGAUGGAACCCCGAGCUGCCAGCGUGGCAGCAUGCAUGGCUGGGGCCAGUGGAACUACAGAGGUGCAGUGCUGGGAAGGGCAUUUCUGCUCUGGGUUCUGUGCAGCCCUGUUCAGAUCACAGCAGCAUCCUGGGACACACGUUGGAUGGAGAGACACUGAGUUCUGCUCACAGCGUUUGCACACCCAGCACACGGGGAUGGUCGUGGACUUAGCGCAGACAAAUGCAGCAUUAGGAGGGAUCCGUUCAUUUCAGCUGAUCACAUUGCAGCUUGUUGACUCAGUGCAUUGGGGCAGUGCAGUCUGCAGGCUGUGCAGUGCCUGGGGGUCUGGCAGCAGGAGCACAGUGCUGCCAACACAUUGCACGUCUCCAAAGGUAAAGAACACAACUUCUAACUUCUGUAAUUAGCAUUUAAAAACAUAUGUAUGUAUAUAUAUAUAAUCUUUCUUUCUUGGGUGUAGCCUCCAGAGGCAAAGUGGCAAUCCACAAAUGAAGACACCUAUUAGUGCCCUCCAGUAGCAGGGCAGAGCUGCUGCAUCACAAGCUGGAUUGCUCCUCACUGCAUGCGCUGUUGAACCCUGUGCAGCACCUCAGGCUGAAGAGCUGGGUAGACAUAAGGAGGAGAGCAUCCAGCCAGGGCCCUGCCUUGCUUAUCAGAGCAUUGAUAACAAAAAGUCCCGGAGUUUGGCAUAAAUGUCAGUGUGGCACUCGGCUUUCUCUCUGCUAAAGUUCUGUGGGCUGCCCAAUGUCUGCUGCCACAAUCCUGCAGGCUGGGCUGUGCUGCAAAGCAGGCAGACGUGGUAGGGCAGCCUACAAUGCAAAGGCUGUGGGUGAGCAGAGGGGUGGGCUGGCUGAGGCUGAGCAGAAGGCUCAGGCUGGCUUUGGGAGGGAAGGUGGAAGCAGAGGCUGCUAGCAGCUCAGCAGCUGGAUUAGAGCAAGGUUUUGUGCCCUGUUGGCUGAGCGUGCAGAUGUGUGAGGAGCGAUGGCUGGAUGUGCAGCGACUUGCAAAGCUGCUCAAUCAGCUAUAGGAAAAAAAAAAAAACUAUAGGAAACCAAUCCACUCUGGGGUCAGGUCUGGCUGGGGGCAGCAGUGAGGAGCGGGUGGGUAACUGGAGCUGCUGGGCUGUGUGUGGCUGUGUGUUUUCUCUGCCCACCGCAGCCUCAGCAGGAAUGCAGUCCUGGGGCUCCGUCCUCUUAUAAGUGAAAUAGUGAUGUGUUCUGAUCUGCUCCCAGGUUCCCAGCAGUCCCCAGUCAGCACUGGCUGCUGCCAUUGGGUCAGAGCGUGAGGCUGAGUUGUAGGAUUGAAUAUCCUGAGCUGGAAGGGGCCCACGAGGACCAUCAAGGGCAGCUCCUGGCUCCACACACCCAAAUCUAAACCCUGCACCUGAGAUUCCUGGGGGAACGUCUUCGUCUGGUGGUUGUAUUUAAGCUAAAGCCAAGUCCCAGCCAGCAGUGUGUUGUGUUGGGAUCCAGUCUGCUCGCUCCAUUGAGGUCUUGUCCCUCAGUGAGCUGCUCUACUGCUGUUGGUUGCUCAAGCAGUGGUUGUGUGGUCCUGCUGCAUCCAUCCAUCCACCAGCUGUGGAUGCAGCAUCCACCAGAGGCCCACUGCUUCCUUUUCCUGCUCCUUGGGCUGCUGUGCUGGCAGGGAAUCCCUUCCCUUCCUGGAGAACCCCUGGUCAUGCAGCUGCCAAGCCUUUGUGUCAAUAUGAACUUGGAAUUGUCACCAGUGGCUUAGCUGAGGAGCAAAACCUGUUGCUUUUUGGAAGGCAGAAUGCCCUUCCUAUGGGCAGAGCUCUGGGGUACAGGGCAGGAGGUAGCAGUGUGGCUGGCGGAGCAGGAGGUUCUGGCCCUGCUGUUAAGGUGCCCACUGGCCUCCAUCCCCCUGCCCCUCUGCUCCCAUCCCCAUUGCAGGCUUCUCUUUGGGGCCAGCUGGGUCGGCUCCCCAGAGCAGCAGCUGGGUGAUACUUAACCAUGGUUUACAUCUCUCAUUUUCACCCAGGGUUCAGAUGGGCUGUUUAAGCCAUGCUGUCCUCUCCGACCCUUCAGUGCUCUGUUUCAGGCUCCUCUCUGCAGACAGGACCAUGAGGAACCGCUUGGAUUUUGCUCUCUGAGUGCUCCCUUCCCUGUCUCCAGCACUGGAAUUGCCCUUGCAGUGCCCUGGGACAUCCCAGCCCAUGGGAUGGAUGGCAUGUCCCCUUGUCCCCUCCUAGCUCACUGCCCUGUCCCGUCCUCCCUUCAGGCAUCAUCUCACUGUGCAAACAUUUCAGCUAUGUGGCCUAAAUUUCUAACGUGAAACAAUCCAUCACCACCAAGCCUUUUUAGCUGGGCCCUCCGACUGGGCAGCCUGAUAAUGAGUUUUCCCAGUUACAACAGGACCUCUCCUAAAGCACAGAAAUGGUGAACCCUCCGAGGUAACACUGCUGUUGUGCUUGCAGGUGAAGGAGCUGACCAAAUACCUCGAUCCCAGCGGACUCGGAGUCAUCAGCUUUGAGGAUUUCCACCGUGGGAUCAGAGCUAUCAGGAAUGGAGCUCUGCUUUGGUGCAGCAAUGUGUGUGUGCUGCACGUGGAGCCUGCUCCUGAGCACCACCACCAUCUACAGCCAUUGCUUCCCAGACAAACCAACUCGUUUUGGGGGUGGAAACCCUCUGAAAAGGUUUUGUUGGUUGCCCACCCCUCCUUCCUACCCUACAGCCUGUCUGUGUGCAGCCCUGCCCGCAGCAGUGAGCAUUGCAGCUCCCAGUUUCCCUGAUGCAGGAGGAAAUGCAUCAUGCUAUUAAUUUGUAAUAAAUUGCCACUGGAGUCGGGCGUGUUUGUGAAAGCUCUGGCUUGUGUUUCUCUUCAAUAAUUCAUCACUCCAGUAUUGUGUCGUAUUAAUUGAAUGGAAAAAAGCAGAUCUGGGUGAAGCUUUUAAGAUCCUAUUUAUUAACCUAGUAAGAGAUUGCUGCGUGUUUAUUGCAGUGGUUAAGCAUGGCAGAUCUCUCUUAUGUUGCAGGCACUGAAUUGCUAUGAGAAAAGCAGAGUCAAGCCUCACCAGCAGGGCUGUUCAUGUUGAAAUGAACGCGAGGGUUCGUUGCUGCUGUUGAGGUGCCCAGUAUUGAUCAUCCCUUUGCAAAGACAGAAGCCCGCUGCUGGGAGUACCUUUUAAUGAGGCUUUGUUAACUAGCUGGGCCUUUUUGUAGCUGGAGAGAGUCCUGUUGUAUUUCCUGGUAGCCUGCAGCUCUUUGGUCCUUUGCUACAAGUGGGAGCUGAUAUAAGAUUUGUGGUUCCUGGGGGGUUUCCCAUUGCUCCCAGCUGUCCUGGGUGAUGGUGAUUGCACAGUGCUGUGGCUGAAGGAAAGCAUGGGGGGUGGCAGUGUCCCAUAGCACACAUGUCCCAUGUGGUCCCUUUGUGUCCCGCCCCAGCAUCGCAGGCAGCCUCACUAAUGAGCUGGGUGCUGAUUUGGGAGGAAGGAGGUGGUGCUUUGCUCCCUGCACAUGGGGGAGAAUGGAAGGAGGAACCCUUCUUGGAAAGCUUGGACCUCACAGUGCCUGUCAUAGUGCUGGUAAGGGUUUAUUUCAAGGGAUGUUCUGCUUUCUUUUCCCUUUCCCCACCUCCUGGAGGCUCUCCCUAGUGGAAUAGCUGUGAUUUUCCUCAGCUCCUAGAGACCAACCUGGCAAACUGAAGGCAAGCUUACAAAACUAGCAAAACCUGUAUUGUCAGCUGCUUUUCUUACACCUGCCUCCGUGUCCGGCUGGCCUUUAUGCACAGGGAGGGUGCUGCACCCUCACUCCUGUUGCCUUGCCAGCUGCCUGGGCUGCAGAACACAGUGCUGUGCCAUCUGCCCGCUGUGGUGGAGCAGUGCUGUGGGUCUGAGCCUUGCUGCUGUCAGCUGCUCUCCAGCAGGUGAUGCCAACCAUGGGGAAAAGGGGCGGGAUCGGAGAUUGUAAUGAGAAGACCUUAGCCUGGUGUGACUGCCUUACCUUCCACCCUUCCCAAAGAGAAGACUUAAUGGGAGGACGUGGUCCUCAGCUUUACUGAUAGAGAGCGAAGAACCACCCCUUUUAAAUGUGUUUACCCUUCUUUUUUUCCUCCUGUUGUGUUAUGUUUAAAGUCUCUUUCCUUCCCUGUGUGGAUCCCAUCUCUGCUUGGAUUCGCUCAGUCUCCAAGCAGGCGUGCUGCAGGCAUUCAAGGCCAGGCUGGAUGUGGCUGUGGGCAGCCUGGUCUGCUGGUUGGCAGC